UAAUCAAACCUAAUUCUACACAGCCAAAUAAUGGUCGGUACCCAUUACCAUCCUAAUAAUAUUCGGUUACUUAAGCAAACCUCCAGUUCUCUAAUAAUCACUAACACUUUCCCUCAAUUAUCGGAAGCGGCUCAGAUCAGUAACAUUAUGGUGAGUACCAUAAGUAACUCAUUCACGUAAGUAUGAUAUCAACAUCUCUCACUACAAGAAAAUCCAACAUUAACCACGGUCACCUAGCGACACGCGCCAACAACCGUGGUUAUCUAAUAAUUUCCACGGACAAAUUGACGGAAAGAUGCGGCCAUCGGGAUUUUAUUUAUUAAAAUUGGUUCUGUUUAUAGCCUGCCGUAAGUGAAGUGAGUGACCAAGUUUAAUUUCAAUUUUCCUAUGCAUUUGUUAUUGUUUGUCCAUCCUCCAUCGAUUUUAAAAUUAGUAUUUUUGAAAGAAAGAGGAGAAAAGUCUGGAGAGAGAGAAAGUGCGCAAUAAAGGCUCAGAGCUCGUUGAGAUUUCCUCCAAUGGCCUCUCUGUCUCAAGGUCUCAGCGCCUUAUCUUCUUCGUCGAUUGAAAAUGCUAGAUUUGACCAGAUUUUGUGUCAAUGACGACGAAGGGUCGUGCAGCCGUUCAAAUUGUACAGCUCGUAUAUGAAGAAGAAGGUUGAUUUCUCACACUUGUCUUCGAAUUACGACGCGCUGCAGAUGGGAAGGACGAUAAGGCACGCAGAGAUGAACAGUCACCGCUUAUCGUCAUGACUCUCAAUCAUGGAGAUCUGAGCUAAAACCGCAAUCUUCUAAGUCUGAAUCGAGGUAAGAUUUCUGGAGGCGUUUGAUUGAGUUGAUUCUCUCAAUUAGGAUUUCUAUCAAACCCUAGGUUCUCAAUUCUCAAUUGAUUCUCCAAUCUCCACUGUUGUUUCCUACCUUGAUCAUCUCAUCAUUUUGCUUUUUUCUUCCCUUAUUUUAAUUUCCGCUGCAGUUUCCUUCCUUUGAUCUCAUGUCUAAUUAUGUCUAAUUACAAUAACGGGUGGGUGAAAUCGUAGUUUUUUUUUGUGUGCCUGACUGGUGCAUGUUGAGUGGAUACAUGCUGGAAAUUUAUGGAGAGUUGCAAGUUAUCUGACAGGAAUUUCAUAAACUAAUCUUGCUUGGCUUCUAACAGGUUAUAUCAGUCAAGAAGUGCAUGUCCAAGGUGAGCAUCUAAGCUCCCCUGUUUGGGCUCAUGAUAACACUUGCACAAUGUUUUCUUUACUAAACCGAACAUCCUUUGCCCUGGUUUCAGAUUUGCAGUUGAUGUUGUAGAAGCCAAAGUAAGAGACUCUACAAAUAACAUGUGCUCAUAUACUCAAUAUAAUUCAGUUGUAAGUCAUUUUCUGCCCUGCAUCAUCCACUUCAUUUCCAAUUCAACCAUCUGUAACUCAAACAGUAGAAGAAACCUAAACAUAUAAACUUUUAGCAUCAGUUGAUUUUUGUAAAUUUAUUAUGGCAGUCCCUAGCUCAGUUGUUUGUUGUAUUGGUGAUUGGGCAAAGAAGAAGUCCACAUGAGAUUUUGUAGCAAAGCAUAAAAGCUGCCAUCUUCUAAAAUUUCAUGUUGUAGUCAUGUCAUGGUGUUACCAUCAUGUGUUAAUGUUUUGUUAGGUGUGUUACUUGAAAUAGCAUAAUCUAUUAGAAGAGGAAAUUAUUUGUUUGAAACAUUAUCUUUUGGUAGUCUGGUGUCACGGGAGUUUAUUUAAUAAAGACAGACAAUUCACUUUUGAGUAUGGGUUUUUCUUCUUUGAUCUCAAAUUUCCCACUGAAGGCGAGCUAAUUUGCCAAAGGAAGGCUGAUAGGUAUUUGUCUUCCUUUGCAUUCAUUGACAUUAUAGCAAGCUUAUUCUACCAUGUAAGCUGCAGAAAAUGUUCAUUCAGAUGGCAUUCAGAUGACAUGCUUAGGCUGCAAAAAAAAAAUAACAAAAAACAAAAAAGAAUAGGAUAGCAAGCAUACUGUUUUGGUUAUGCAGUUUUCUAAUUCUAAGUUGCACAAAAUAGCAGCAAAAGGCUGUCCAUUAGAGCAAAUUCCAGAAACAAUCCACGGAGCUUGGACUUGAAGAAGGUUAAUGUGAAGAAGGUGAAUGGGAGCCCCAGAGUGGAGGGAGGAGCUCCGUCUGAUUAUUACAAAGUGGAUCACAGUCCCCUAAUUGCUUGAUGGGAAGAUUCGUGGAGUACAGGCUGGUUUACAGGCAGAGUUUCAUUAUCAGUUACUAUGAAAUUGGACCUGACAAAACUGCUACCAUGGAGACAUUGAUAAAUCUCCUCCAGGUAUCAUGAUCUGUAUAUUUCUUAUAAUCUAUUUAUCUAUCUAUGAGUUGAAAGUGAAGACUAAUACAUACACGAUCGGGCCUAUCAGGGGACAGCUCUGAACCACGUGUCAAGCUCAGGGAUAGCAUGAGAUGGGUUUGGCGCCACAAGAGAGAUGAGCCUUCGGAAGCUGAUUUGGGUUGUCACUCGCAUCCACAUUCAAGUGCAGAGCUAUAGCUCCUGGUAUGUAUGGUCAACCCAAUUCAUUUACCUUUCCAACGAUCGUCUCUAAAGGUUUGAAUCAAGAACCUCCUCCCUAAGUCCAUGGUACCCGAAGUGAUACAAUUUCCAGAGUUUUGAUUUUCUAAUUUUGUUGGUUUUGUUGUGGCUUACCAGAGUUGCGGCUAAUUUUGCAGGGAGAACGAGUAAGAGUCUUCAUGUACCCCAACAAUUGUGUUGAAUGACGAGGACAAGAAUGUGUCAGAGGUAUACUUUAUCCAAUUAAUCUUUCAGAAAGACCCCAAUUACUAAUUAAAAAUCACUAGCAUUAUCCUUAUAAGUUCUUGCAUCUUUCCUAGAACAGGUACAUGAAUAUGCUAUGCAAGAGAUGUUUGGAUUCUUUUGACCAGGUAAGACUCUUUGGGCUCUUGGAUUGCUUUGUAUUAUGUUCAAUCGUGGGUUGUUUUUGGUAUGCUCUUAAUGUAUAUAAUAAGAGGUAGUAUUAGUUAACUGUAAUGCCUUGUAUUUGAAAUCUAUCGACUAGCAAUUGAUCGAACCAUGUUAACUUCGCCUUUAAAAUUGAAUAGUUUUGGUUCUUGGGUUAUAGCUAUAAUAUGCCCAUCUACUAUGACGUUUUAUCAAAUAUGCCCCUCUACUAUUUUUUACAACAAAUAUGUCCCUGUACUUUGAAAAAUUAUCAAACAUGCCCUUCUGUUAAAAUUUCCAUUGAAAAAAUCGUUAAUCAUGGUUGAACCGAUAUUUAGAAGCCCCGACAUCGGCAAAUGGGAGGAAAAAUGUCAGUUUUGUCCCCUGUUUUAUUUCUUUGGGUCUUUUCAAAGUGAAGUGAAAUUAUUUGAAUGAUUUGAUUAUACAAAAGAACCAAAAAAAUUAUAUAGUGAAAUUUUCAGGGAUAUUUUAGUUAUUUGUGUCGCCCAAACUAAAGUUCGGCCUUGGUUAACGGUUUUUGGAUGAAAAUUUUAACAAAAGAGCAUGUUUGAUUAUUUUUACAAAGUACAGGGGCAUGUUUGAUGUAAAAAAUAGUAAAGAGGCAUGUUUGAUAUUUGAUAAAACGUCAUAGUAGAGGGGCAUAUUAUACCUAUAACCCUUCUUCUGAAAUAGGAAAAGAUUAUGCUUUUGUGCAUUUUCUGGUUAACCAAAAUUGUCAUUAACCAUAUUACAUCUCUGUUUUUUCGCUAUAAAGUCAUGGGUUUGUUUAUUUAUAGAUUCAGAUUUUUCUAUCAACCUUAAUUGUGUCUUCUAUGUUUAUAAUAUUAAUUGUUGGGCUUGGAGGACCAACUGCAUUUCAUUUUUUUUUUCAUGAGCACCCUGUUCGAUACCCGAGUCCAUCACACAAUCCAAAUAGAGUCACCAUCACAUGAAUUCAACGGUCCUAGCUCCACUAAUUCACAAAAUCAACUAGCACAACAGAGAGUUAGAUAGGAAAAAUCUUAUACUUCAACAUCCUCCAUAGCGCUAUACUAUCUCCCUAGGUUGCACGUUACUAUAGAAACUGUCAAUUCAAAGCAUACUGAGCAGACAAUUUGCAAGGAAACACGUACUUGGAGCUCUCAAAUUUAAAAAUUUGGACAGUGGAUUAGGCUUCAAGCACACAAACAAAUCUAAUGCAGUCAAAAGAGAAACAUCCCCACACACUUAAGAUCAACAUUGCCCUCAAUGAAGAAAAGGGAAGGAUAAGGGGAACGAUGGUACCGGUGUGCACGGACUGCAAGAGACUGGAAAGGAACCAGUCGGAGUGAAGCGCACUGAAGAAGGACCAGUCAUGGACAAAGCACAGCUAAAGAGAACAAAAGAACUCAAACACAGUACGUUAGUUCCAAUGGUCAGCCCAAUAGUACAUCAUCCAAAAUCAAAAGAAAGAAAAGAAAAUAAACCAACACACAAGACAAUUUGCAUUCUGACAGAAAUGAAAACAACACAAAACGGGGCCAUGAGUACAGCCUACUCGAGCCCGGUGAAGUCAAUCUGGUCCAUGAGAUCGUCGAUCCCCUCUGGUGGUGGUGAUGUGGUCGCGGUGGCGAGUGAUCCCACCGUGUGGUCCAGUGGUGCUCCUCUCGUGUGUGACAAGACUGGAGCAGGUGCUCCGAGUACUCCAUCAAUCGGUGACCACGAUCCUGCUCCCACUCGAUGAGAGCACCAGUGACUCUCAUCUGGGCCUCCAUCCGGUCGAGAUGCUCGUCGACGACCGCAGCCUGGUGGGCCGAAUAUUGCUGGUAAAACUGGAACUAAUGGUCCAUGAGCUGCUGGUUCUGAGGGCCGAGCUGUUGGAACUGGAGUCCCAUCUGCUUGAACUGCUCUGUGAAGAAGUCCAUCGGCGGGCCAGAAGCCAUCGACAGCUUCUGGUCCUUCUGGCCCGUCGAUGGACUUCUUCACAGAGCAGUUCCAGCAGAUGACUCCAGUUCUAGCAGCUCGGCCUUCAGAACCAACAGCUCAUGGACCAUCAGGUCCAGUUUUACCAGCAGUAUUCGGCCCACCAGGCUGAGUACCAGUCCAGGCUGACAGUCGUCGACGAGCGUCUUUGACCGGAUGGAGGCCCAGAUGAGAGUCACUGGUGCUGUCAUCAAGCGGGAGAGGGAUCGUGGUUGCCGAUUGAUGGAGUACUCGGAGCACCUACUCCAGUCUUGUCACUCACCAGAGGAGCACCACUGGACCACCCGGUGGGAUCACUCGCCACCGCGAACACCACCACCAGAGGGGAUCGACGAUCUCAUGGACCAGAUUGACUUCACCGGGCUUGAGUAGGCUUUACUCGUGGCCCCAUUUUGUGUUGUUUUCAUUUAUGUCAGAAUGCAAAUUGUCUUGUGUGUUGGUUUAUUUUCUUUUCUUUCUUUUGAUUUUGGAUGAUAUACUAUUGGGCUGACCAUUGGAACUAACGUACUGUGUUUGAGUUCUUUUGUUCCCUUUAGCUGUGCUUUGUCUAUGACUGGUCCUUCUCCAGUCCGCUUCACUCCGACUUGGUCCUUUUCCAGUCUCUUGCAGUCCGUGCAUACUGGUAACAUCGUUCCCCUUAUCCUUUCCUCUUAUAUUAUGGUAGCAUAAGGGUGAUCUGGAGCAGGUUGUGCAUAAAAUCGCUUAAGAUCAUCGACGCUCUUCUUAAUGCUCAGGAGGAUCUCCUUUGUUUCACGAUAGGCCUGGGUACAAAGAUCCAGCCUGGACCAUUAUCUCUCACUGUCUAGAGUAAAUGCUCCAUGAGAAGCCUCAAUUCAUAGUUUGGUACUGGAACCCGAAUCCAUAGUCUUCUCCUCCUUGAUUGCUCCAGGGAGUCUCGGGGUAAUACCACUCGGACGGUGGUGGAUACCCCCAAUGGUUGGAGAAGCCAUGAGGAUCCAUGAUUCAGAUCUGCACCAACAAAAACAAAAACACUCAAAUGAAAAGCAAGGGUGGAAAAGAAAAGAAAAACGCUAAAGUAACAAACUUAUGCCUUUCCAAAUAAUCUAGAAAGUCCCCGACAACGGCGCCAAAAACUUGACUCACUCCUACUGUCACUUUAGAAAAUGUCCAAGUGUAACCACUUCCUAAAGUGUAGUAUAGCGGGUUUGGGUUUUAGUGUCAACCCGGGUCCUAGAUGUGAUGACUACUCAGUGAAUUCUUAUUAUUUAGCGGUGAAACUUUAGUGCAGGUUCAAACAAGUAAACAAACAAAGCAAGCAAGAAAGUUGUUUUCAAGUCGAGAGAGGUCACUCAAAUAUGGUUCCCCCUAGACUGUAGUUAAGCCGGAUUGCAAUUUACCAAGUUCAGUUUCUAUGAUAGUUAUACUGCGGGAGGUUUUUAAACAGUCCAAAGUCUCGACUAAAGGUCUAUAGCGGGUGACUAACCUCCACCGGAGUAAACAGAUUGAGGCCCUAACGAACAAAACCUCCACUACCGAAGCAAGUUCGGUACAUAAUAGUGAAUUGGCUCCUCGACUAAAGUCUGACAAUUCACUACCUUCAAUUAAGGGUGCUCUAUCAACCUAUGCAAAUAUUCUCUUUCUAGGCUAAAGCAGAAAUAACAGGAAUUUGAUCAGGAUUCAUGCCAUUCAAUCAUUCAAGCCUCAAUUGAAUAUAAUCAAAUCAUAAAAUUUGU